AUGGCGGAAAAAGCUGUCACAAUCAGGACCAGGAAGUUCAUGACCAACAGGCUUCUCUCCAGGAAGCAGUUUGUUAUUGAUGUUCUUCACCCAGGAAGAGCCAAUGUUUCAAAGGCCGAGCUGAAGGAGAAGUUGGCAAAGCUGUAUGAAGUGAAAGACCCAAAUUCUAUCUUCGUUUUCAAAUUCAGAACCCAGUUUGGAGGUGGUAAAUCUUCUGGUUUCGGUUUGAUCUAUGAUAAUGUUGAGAGUGCAAAGAAAUUCGAGCCCAAGUACAGGCUGAUCAGGAAUGGUCUUGACACUAAGAUUGAGAAAUCAAGGAAACAGAUUAAGGAGAGGAAGAACAGGGCAAAGAAGAUCCGUGGUGUCAAGAAGACCAAGGCUGGUGACCCCAAGAAGAAGUGA